UCUAGACUUUAGUUAGCAUUCAAGUUUUUUCUUCCAACAUUUUCAGUUCCCCAUUCAAGCUGGAAAUCUUAAAAUCCACAUCUCAUCCACGUCCACGUCCACAUCACGUUUCUCCACCUCCCAAUUCCACGUCCCUUCUUGAACCACGUUGCCCUACAUAUCUGCAUUAUCAUUAUCUAGGAAUUGACUAUCGAUUAAUAUCUACCAAACUUGAUGGGAAAAUUAUUGAAUCUUUUUUCCCCUCCUUCUUCUCUCCUCCUCUCCCCUCCCUUUUUCCAUCUGUCUAUCUAUCUGACCGCCCGCGAUCUCUUUUGAUUCGAUUCAAAAGAGCAUUCUGCGUUGUUCGGAUUAGAUCGCUCGUUUCAUCGACAGAAUAACCGCACCACCACGAGCUUCUUUAUCUCUUGCUCUAUCACGCACGCAUUACCAGCUUCAUUUAAAUAAUCUAAGCGAUCAUUGUUGAAUAUACUACCUUAUAGUUCUUUGUCAUAUAUUCGAAUGCAAAUAUGUCGGCAGAUACUGAUACAAAUAGCGCCCGCCCGAAUGGCGUCGUAGAGAGUGACUAUGAACACAUUCCUUCCACUCCUCCCGAUAAUACGAGCGUCCACCAUUCCUUGUCACAGCAGACCAUUAUCUCUACUGAAGGACCGAACUCACCCAUCGAUCCAUCUAUUUCUUUCAAGACCGAGUUGAAUGAUGACCGUACCUCGUCUUCUCAGGUCAUUCCUUCAUCCUUGACCCCACCUCCCUCGUCGCAAGUCCCUCAAACCAACGGCGCCGCUGGUAUGCCAUUGGGCUAUAUCAGCUCGCAAAGAACCAAUAUGUUCUCCCCACCUACCACGGCACUCCGAACUGUCGCUCGGGAUGGUAGUUCUGUGUCGGAAUUUAUCGUUCCGACUUCAGAUCAGAUUGCCGACGCAUCGGCUGAAGAGCUUCGUGCCAUGGUUCAAAACUGUCUUGCUGAGAAUGCAAGGCUGAAGAUGGAGACCGCCCAUCACAAAUUGCAGUACAACCUACUCAGUAUGCAAGCUGAUGAGGAUGCAAAGAGGGCGACCGUAGAGCAUGAAAUGACCAGGCGUGAGGUUGAGGUAUUGCGCAUGACCGAGAAUUCUCGUCAAGCUCGGCGGGAACUAAAUGCGGCCUCCGACUCCACUCAAGUCAAAUAUCGAGAACUCCAAGCCCAGUAUGAGAUACUUUUGAAGGAGAAUGAAGCUCUCCAAAAACGCGUCAAGUAUGCUACCAAAUUCAUUCAACAGCAGGGCGAGGAACAUGACAACCUGGUCGACGAGCGUGAUAUGCUUCUCAACCGUAUCCGUGAGAAUAGGGAACAUUUCCACAUGCUGUGUAGCCCCGGUGGGGCAUUUCACGGUGCUCUAACGCCCAAGACCCCAGCAGCGACAUCACCUCAGCAACACCGAGCUACACCACGACAGACUCCUAGAUCUGUCCACAAAGAUGCCCGGCACGAUCAUGAGACCAAUCAGGAUGGUUUUGCCGCUCUUCUUCAGGCUUUAAGCCACGACAAUAGCGCACCCUCGACGCCGACGGCAGCCAAUCGCGCUACGCUACGAGCGCCGCCCAGACACACGCGUGGGGCCCAGUCGCUUUCUUCUCUGCCGACGACACCUGUAACACGUGCCCGCGGAGACUAUUCUGGUUUGUUGCCCUCCGUCGAUCUAGUGCCACAAACUGAACCCCCGAACCGGUAUGGAAAUAGCCGGUUUACAGUAGAGACACCGGUAGUGCAAAAAAGAGGACGGCAGAGCCGGGAAAGCACGAUCUCGGCGGAUGACAAUGAGGAGAUUGAUUGUGCAGCCCUGAAGGUGGUUGCUGCAGCUACGCAGUCAUACAUGUCACAAGGAUCACAAGGAUCACAAGCACCGCGACGAAGGGAAGACGAGGAGGAGGUGUUUGAGAGUCAGGCCAGUCAGGCGGCAUCUGAGAUGUUACGCCGUGACCCGCGGGAGAGUUUCGAGGUUGCCAGCUCGGUUGGUUCUCGAGAUGGCACACCAGCUCCAGCUGAGAAGACGGCCAAGCUGCAGUCGAAACUUUUUGCCGGGAUAAACAAGGCAGGGUUCGCAGUAGAGAAGCGCAAAUUCAACACCAGCACGGACGGCAAUGGUAUCGACAGCCGACGAGAAAGCGCCAUGAGCCCAGCAAAAAAGGUUAGGUACGGGGGCGGCAAUGAGAGCAAUGGCCGUGUUGGGUUGGGGAUUCGGUACGGCCAUGAAGCUUGAAGCUCUUCUAUUUUGGAGUUUGUGUGUGUCUCUGUCUGUGGCUAUGUCUGUGUGGAGUGGUUUGAAAAGGGUAUUAUCAUUAGGUCUUUGGGAAUAAUAGGGACGAUGUGAUGAAGAAGGGACGAAUCAUGUAUUAUACCCUGUUUUGCUAUGAAGGGAUUUAGCUCUUGGCCGGCAAUGGCCUCAGACUCAGAGCUGCUACAUAGGUAUGUAGGGUGUGUCAUACCUUAGGUAUCCAUCCUCCCAGCGAGGUUGCUUGUUUGGAUUUUGGUAUGCCACUAGCUAGUAGCUACAGUACUAUAGUGGGCAAAUUGCUACACUUGUUCCCAGCGCCAUUGCAGAUAGACAAUUCCGAGGUUGUGGUGAAUGUAUGAAUGUGUGAAUGUGUGAAUGUAGCCAAGUGCGCUACUGUCAA